AGGAGGAAGUAACAGAGUGAGAGUGAGGGAAAUCAGAGACCCAGGAGACUCAGGAGUGGAGCAUGUAGCCUGCUCUUGCUGGCAGGCUCCCCCAAGGUGAUCCGGUGAGAGAAGAUGCAUUUGUCAUUUCUGGCUCUCUUUCUCUUCUGGAUCUCAGGCUGCUCCACUGCUCAGGAUUUACUCACAGGACCAAAGGAGGUGAGCAGUUACGAGCAGGGCUCCCUGACAGUGCAGUGCCAGUAUGCCUCAUGCUGGAAGGAUUACGGGGAGUUCUGGUGCCAAGGAGCUAGUUGGAGACCUGUAGUUUUCAUUCAAACCAAUAAACCAGAACAGUUGGUGAAGGAGAACUGUGUGUCCAUCAGGGACAACCAGACAAACUUCAUCUUCACAGUGACCAUGGAGGACCUGAGGAUGAGCGAUGCUGACGUUUACUGGUGUGGAAUUACAAAGUCUGGAUAUGAUCUCAUGUUUAAAGUUCGUGUGGGCAUUGAGCCAGCAACCCAAGCACCCACUACAGUGCCAACAACGCCCACCACCACCUCCACCACCACCAUCUUCACAGUGACAACCACUGUAAAAGAGACCAGCACGCCUUCAACGCAGACCAGCCACUACUCUGAUAACAGGUAUGACAGUGGUGGGGUCGGCGACGGUAAUGGGUUUCUGGAUCUCAGCGUGCUCCUCCCAGUCAUCUCUGCAGCCCUGUUGCUUCUCUUGCUGGUGGUCUCACUCAUUGCUUGGAGGAUGGUGAGGAGACAGAAGAAAGCUGCUGGACCACCCUCAGAGCAGGUAAAACCUCUGGAGGAUGAUCUCUGUUAUGCAAACCUGUCACUGCAGCAGCCCAGAACCUCCCCUUUGAAAAAGGGCUCCUCCAUGUCCUCCUCUGGCAAGGACCACCAAGAGGAAGUGGAAUACGUCACCAUGGCUCCCUUCCCUAGGGAGGAGAUCUCAUACGCUGCUCUGUCUUUGGCGAGCUUGGGUCAGGAGCCUACUUACAGCAACACUGCCUGCCUUGUCACCCACGGUCCCAGGACAAACCUUGGAGAGGAGACCACAGAGUACAGCAGCAUCAGGAGGCCCAUGCCUUGAUCUUGGUCCCUGAAGGCAGCCCGGGAGCAUGCGUUUGCACAUCGGCCUCUGUGCCUGCUUCUUUACCAGGCCUGGCGGGCGACUAAAACUCUGACCGUUCAUCUCUCAUGGUCUUCAGCUCUACCUUGAGCUUGGAGUUCAGUCUCAGGGGGCCCCAGUGAAUUAAGGCUCCUUCCACAUCUCUCCACAUAGAGCCAACGCACCUUGGAAGGUACCAGGCAGGCUGCUUCAGGGAUGCUGUGUAAUUCAUAACGGUGGCAAUAAUAAUAGCAACCAACCUUUAUUUAUUGUUAUUCAUACGGGUGCCCCUCCCGGACAUUUUCAUCCUCAUACCCAAAAUCUGUGAAUUAUUCUUACAAAGGAAGACAGAUAAAUAUGUGUUUAAGUUAGGGAUUUUGAGAUAAGUCUGUUAUUAUCCAAGUAGGCCCCAUAUAAAGCUACAAGGGUCCCUUUAAGGGGGAAUAGAGCAAGUCAGAGAAAAAGGGGGAGGGGGA